CCUCCUACCGUGAACAAAGCAGAGCAGCCGCACAACAACUCCAGCCCUAACUUCUCUGGGCUGUCGCUCAGUUCAGACGUGGUCACGGCCGACCUGACUGUGGUGGAGACCUGCAGACUUCAGGUCAACAGUCAGUAUGACGUCAUCUCAGCCGUGAUCUCCUCGCUCUGCUUCUCCUUCGGCCUCAUCUACUGCUUCCUGGGUUAUCGCUGCUUCCGGAUGGUCAUGUUUCUUUCCGGCUUCAUGUUCGGCACAGUUGCCAUACUACUGUUGUACCACAAGGAACCGCUGUUGGUGGUCCACCUGGGAGUGGAGGCCAAGGCAGGGAUUGGUCUGGGGGUGGGUGUCCUCUGUGGACUCAUGACGGUGACGUUGUCAACACUGGGACUCUUCCUGAGUGGACUACAGCUGGGGAGUCUACUCUGCCUGCUCCCCCUGGUGGUGGUCAGACAGUACCACAGCCUCACUCCUGUGUGGCUGCUCCUCAGCAGCAUACUGACUGUCAGCAUCAUCACUGCCGUCGUCAGCCUGAGGUGGCAGAAACUCUUCAGCAUCGUCUACACCUCUGUGGUUGGAUCCACCACCCUGAUGCUGUGCACGGACCACCUGGUGGGGGCGUUCAAGCUGCCUACGCAGGUCUACCAAAUGUUUGGUCAGGUGGUUCCUGGUCCGCUGUGCUGGUUCAACUGGGUGAUUAUUGGCAUCUGUCCUGGUUUAAGUCUUUUAGGUGUUUUAGUGCAGUGGAAAAUUACGGCUAAAGGAGUUUCGCACAGAGGAGUCACACAUACCAAACAGAAGAUGGCAGCCAAAACGCCUCCGCACAGAAAUUCGAGGAGAAGAAAAGCCAAGAGAAAACCUCCGCUACUCAAACGCUACGCUGGUGACGUCCUAGCGCCGAGUUACCUCCAGAGUCUACAGGAGCGGCAGACGAGGACAGGCUCGUCCACGUGCAGCGUCAGCACCGUCACACACACUCUGAUCGACUUUGACUACGAGACCGGCUCCAUGGUGCCUCUGACCAGGACGCCCUCUGGCCCCGCCCCCACGUUUACACUCUAAACAACCCAACUUUACUCACACCUUGAACGACUGUUUGACUUCAACAACAGGAACGUGCCCACGGCUGUGAGGUCACCACUCCAUCCCAUAAUCACACACACACACACCUGCUGUGAUCUGACAGGAAGUGAUGACAUCACUGCUUCAUGGAGCACCAGCUGUAAUCAGACUCAUCUCCUCAUCAAAUCUACUGAGUGUCUCACCUCACAGACAUGUUGUCCUACAGUAACAGCUGUUCUGCAGUUAGAACUGUUUUCAGAUCAGUUUGGUGAUGUCAGAGUUAAAGUAUAUGUUAACACAGCUACAGAUAAAUAUGUAAAUCACACUGGGAAUGUUGGACAAUUAACAAUAUAAAACAGUGUUUUUAAGAAAUUUGCUACAGUGUAAGAUCAUAUUUAUUAGGUGAAAGUCACUAUUUUAAUUUCUGUAAACAUGAGCUGUAAAAUGCUGUCAAAUGUAAAAUAUCUCUCUAUAUCUAAAAUUACCAUACUGCCAUUACCACAGAAUUGAUCACAUUUGUAAAUAAAUGUAUGCACAAAACUUUCCAGGCGCAAUGAACUAAGAGAACAUUUUCCAAGAUAUUUUAGAUUUUUUUUUUUUUAAAUUCUAAUUCUUAAAGUUUUCCAUGAUGAGUAAAUUGGUCAUUAAUUGUCCAGGUUUUCCAGGCAGUGUAGGAACUCUCAAUUAAAAAAAACAAAAACAAAAAAAAAACAACACCGACCUUUAACAUUCGCUCUGUUCUGUUACCUGAAGUAAGAACACAUGGACGUCUCACCAGAGAAAACCUGCUGCAGGAGAACACAGGUAAAUUCAGAAGUGAUGAGAACUUUUUUUAGUGACACCAAGAAAAAAAACUAAACACCAAGAACACCGUUAAAACACUGAGGUUUAUCUUCAGCUCAUGUCCUUCACCGUGGAGAACAGAAAUAAGAACAAACAAACAAAAAAAACCACACCCGUGAAAGAACCCAAAGACUGGAGUUGAUACUCACACAGCAGCAGAUGAAAAUACAAAGUUUUCAAAUAUUUUUCACCUGUCAAGAACUGGAGAGAGAAGUAUUGAUCAGGAAACACUCAGAACUACAGGGUUAGAACUUUGGAG